AGCUGUGUGCUAGAGAGGUCCUGGAAAAGAGAACCCUUAAUAAUAAGACGUUUUGACUAUUUGUUUACAAUAAUAGAGUGGCUCUAUUAAUUGCCCUUCGAUUAAUGCAACAGUGACGUAAAACUAUUAAAAUCGUAUUAGUCGUUUGCGUAGUCACUGCCAGUUGAGCCGAACAGGUGGCGCGUGCGUGUGUCAAGUUCCGUUACGCGUUUUGUAUUAAACAACAGAAGGGACAAGGAUUCAGAUGUCCCAUUCUCACAGAUCUCGUCUUAGUUUAGUACGCAGGAGAGAUCCGUAGUAACUCUAGAGUCAGACAAGGACAACAGGUUUAAUUCAACAGGCGCAAGAAUGCCCGACGCUGGCACAGACAUGGUGAUGGACAACGGCAGAGUUUUUGGGAUGAAAGCCCCGAUUUCUGCGGGCACGGAAAACAUCCCUCCCUCAUCUCUAGGCAGCGGUCCUCCUGCAGAUAUCCUACGAAACUUUUAUCAUACGAAGAGAGUUGGAAAUUACCUGAUUGGAAGGAAACUGGGAGAGGGAUCGUUCGCCAAAGUGCGCGAGGGGCUUCACGCGACCACUGGCGAGAAGGUGGCGGUGAAAGUGAUCGAUAAGAGAAAGGCUAAAAAGGACUCUUAUGUCACAAAGAACUUGCGUCGUGAAGGACAGAUCCAGCAGAUGAUCCGUCACCCAAAUAUUACCCAACUGCUAGACAUUCUUGAAACUGAAAACAGCUACUACCUCGUCAUGGAGCUCUGUCCUGGUGGAAACCUUAUGAACCAUAUUUAUGAGAAGAAAAAACUGGACGAAAGAGAGGCGCAGAAAUACGUACGCCAGCUAGUCAUGGCAGUGGAGCACCUGCACAGAGCAGGAGUUGUUCACAGAGACUUGAAGAUUGAAAAUCUUCUCUUGGACGAACAGGACAACAUUAAGCUGAUCGAUUUUGGGCUUAGUAACUGUGCAGGAAUUCUAGGAUACUCCGAUCCCUUCAGCACACAGUGUGGCAGCCCGGCAUAUGCUGCUCCUGAGCUUCUCUCAAGGAAGAAGUAUGGUUCCAAAGUGGAUGUCUGGUCAAUAGGAGUCAACAUGUACGCCAUGCUCACUGGUACCCUACCGUUCACCGUGGAGCCAUUUAAUCUGAAAGCCCUGCAUCAGAGAAUGGUGGACAAAGAUAUGAACCCACUACCUCCAUCUAUCUCAUCAGCCGCCAUCAGUCUUCUGAAGAGACUUCUAGAGCCUGACCCUGAUAAGAGACCUAACAUCCACCAAGUGAUGGCUGAUUCAUGGCUGCAGUUGGGCAACCCUCACACUGGAGUCCCAUAUUUGAAUAGGAUCCACAUUGAAGAGAUCAACCACACAGUUCUGCUACACAUGACUGAGCGAAUGGGCUACAAGCAUAGUGAGGUGCUGAGUGCAGUGCUCACAAACAAAGCUUGUCACACACUGGCUGUUUACUUCCUCAUCAACAACAAGAUGAAGAGACUCUCGAAGGAAUAUAGGGAGAAACAGUUCAGCAUGGAGAAGGAGAAAAAGAGUGAGCUCUUUCAGACCCAGUGGAGGAAGCACAUCGAGAAGAUCACGAUUCCACCCAAGCAGACACCUGUCUAUCUCGCUGUGAGCAAAGGUCCCACCAAAGAGAAGAAAAACAAAACAGGCCUUCUAAAAGCUAUGACCGGGGGUCUGAAAGAUGUUUACUUAGGACGCGAUGGUUGUAUCACCUCCUCGUCUCUGGAAUACCUGGAGAUCCACACCCUGUUUCCAAACACUCCACAGCGAGCCCAACAUCAGCCUGAGACCCAGCCACCCCAGAAAGAUGGCUCCAAAGAUUCCCCAAAAUCUGUCAACUUACCCGCUCGCCCUCCUUCUUCCCUUUGUGCCCAUUCUUGGACUCCUGCAAGCAAGGAACAAAGCAAAGAAGCUCCUCCAUCCCCAUGGUACAAACUGACCAAUGGAGCACUCUCUCCACCUCGGCAUGUGUCAGCCUUCCAGCCUGAUAGCUCAUACUUGAAGAAGGCCACGAUUCCCAGUCCUCCUGUUCUUAUCGUCAAACCCCAGCCCAAGAAAAGUCCUUCCAGUACAGACUGGCCAAGCUCCUCAGAUUCCAGCGGCAGUCCACCCAGCAGUGCGGGUAGCGAGGACCCCGACAGCCCUCAGCACUGGGGCAAGUACCCUUCCAUGGGCAUCGGGCAGAUUUUAAAGAAGAAGGUGCCACCCUUCAGCUUCCCAUUACCCCCCUUUAGGCCAGAACCUGCGGUGGAGUCUCCAACUCCGUACCAUAUGCAAACUCUGCUCUGCACCUCAGGGGCUCUCAAAACCCUGUGCUGAUUAUGUAACUUUAUGGCCUUGUUAUAUCUGCCAAACUUUUAGAUAAUUUAAUGUCAGAUGAAUGCAGUAAUAUUAUCUCACCAACAAUGCUCUCAGUUUGGACAGUUGGGCUUCCAGCGUGACAGGGAGACCAGAUUUAUUGCUAACCCCCCAGCCAGCAAUCUGGCAUGUGUCGUAAAUGUGCACACAUACCUAGCUUGAGUGAAAGCUUGUAGAGAACAUAUACACUCUGAACACUGUGUAAAAUUAGGCCUUUGGGUAACAUAGCCAAAGGCGAGUAGACAUUGCAAGUCAAGUUCACAUGAAGCAACACAUUCAACACGCUUCUAGUUAAGUGCCAUGUAGCAGCUGAGCCAACUUUUCAUUUUUCAAUGAAACAAAGCGGUCACUGCCCACAAUAACCACAAUAAUGUGUGUACUUGUGUUUAGAAUCUCUAGUUCAUGUACAGCAAUAUAACAAAGACUGUUAAGGAAAGGUUGGAGGUUUUUUUGAUAAUGUGCUUAUUUUAGCAAAUAAUAUAAAUUAUUUGUUACUUCUUUCAACCUCAAAUUGUAAUGACACUCAGGUCAAUGACACUGAACUCUAAAUAAAUGUGUUUUUCCUAAAGCCUCACUUUGAACCUGCAGUGAAACUGUCAAUAUUUCAUUGGAAAACAACAUUCCUCUUUUUCUUCCCCUAUAGGGGAUUGCUGGCAUUUUGUAUAGCCUUAAAUGUCUUACAUUCAGCCUUUAGGCUGAAAUGGAAGAUUUUUCAGUAUUAUGAGUUGAUAAUGUUUACUGUUUAAGAUUAAUUUUACCUGCAAAGCAUCAUGUUGAGUGAAAUAAUAGUUUGUGCAAUAGUAUGGAUAUACAUUUGAUGGCUGAGCUGGUUAUGACCAGGGUGGGGUUUUUCUCCAUUGAGCGAAAGAGUUUUGACUAUAGGCUGUACAUAAAUGUCUUUCAUUCCAUUUGUAUUCAACCGUGAUUCCUACUGUCAUUUCACAUUACACAUUGACCAAGCAGUCUGACCUCUUUCAUAGUCUUCACAUGCACAGAAGAUUAUAAGCUGUGAAAAAAUGAAAAACUUUUUCUGGUUUUAAACACUUUUGCAUGCACUCCACAAUAAAAAAAAAAACGUGAUGUCAGUUUUUGUACAUUUAUUACAGUUGAUUAAUUUUAAGGUAUUUUGUAGGGUUUUGUAUUGAUUUAAGGAGAUUUUUAUCCUGUAAAAAAGAUUUUAAAUAUUUAUAUUCAAAGAUUAUUUGUGUUCUGAAUUUUCUAUCUUGACAGCAUGUAUUACUUUUUAGCACAACCAAAUAAAUGCACAA